UGAAAUGAAAGUGCAGGCAGUGAACUUGUGAACGCGAAGAUUCUUUCACUGUUUAUCGAUAUUGACGGUCGUGGUUGGAGUUAUUUAUUGUUGCCUUCAUUUCAAUCUUUCUGUUACGAAUGUUGUAUUUUGACAUGCGCAAAUUUUUUCUUUCAUCAUGAAGUGAUGAGAGCCGAAUCAUCUGUAAAUCAAAUCUAAAUGUGAAGAGUAGGCCUAAAAACAAAACAACAAACGCAAACCAAAAUAAACUGUCAGAAUAGGAAUAGGUUAAAAAUUAAUUAUAUUUUGUAGACAAGUAUAAAGCUCUAUUGCUUGCAAUUUUAAAAUGAAAGUGUUCUGAUCUUGCAGCCUUUAAAAUAUAAAGUUUUUAAAUUUGGAUACACGAGAAAAGAUCUUGUAAAGUAUACCUUUUUUUAGGACUUUCCCUUGGCUUUAAACAAAAUACAAAGGAGAUGCUAAUUAGAUAUUGUGCCAAUAACAGAUUUGUCCACCAAUAUUACCGAGCGUAGUUGGUAUGUGUAAGACGUAGCUCUGUUCGAGAAAAAACUGGUUCAGACAGAUUUGAAAUUGCUCCAAAUUUGACCAAGGCAGCACCCACCAUAUUAUACAUGUAUCCGGUUGCUGACAGAUUGUUUCCAUUACAUAGCAAUUAAACAGAUGGUCAUCACUGAGUACUGUAGACUUGAUCAGAUUAUAGAAGCAGAUAUUUUUCAUUGUAACAUGUUGUGAUCACUGAUUUAUACCAUCACAGAGACUGGAUAAACAUACCUAAUAGUACUGUUUUAGUAGAUCGGAUUAUUAAGUUCCAUGUACAAUGCAUGUUUUGACUUGUGAAUACCCAAUUGGUCCUAGUUUGACCUAUGAACUGUGAGAGUGAUGUAUUUCCAGUGUGAUGAGUGAUUGUGUAUCAGGGUUAUGUAAUGAACAAAUACGAAAUUUUGGGAGUUGUGGGUGAAGGGGCCUAUGGUGUUGUCUUAAAGUGUAGACAUCGGGAAUCCGGUGAAAUGUGUGCUAUCAAAAAAUUUAAAGACAGUGAAGAAAAUGAGGAUGUUAAAAGGACAACAUUACGAGAGUUAAAGAUGUUACGGACAUUAAAACAAGAAAAUAUCGUAGAUCUUAAAGAAGCUUUUAGAAGAAAAGGAAAACUGUAUUUAGUGUUCGAAUAUGUGGAACGGAAUAUGUUGGAAUUAUUAGAAGAUAUGCCGAAUGGUGUGACCCUACAGAAAGUUAGAUCAUAUAUAUAUCAACUGUGUAAUGCUAUAUACUGGUGUCAUUCUAACGAAGUCAUACAUAGAGAUAUAAAACCAGAAAAUUUACUCAUUAGUAAAAAUGAUACUCUUAAACUCUGUGAUUUCGGUUUUGCACGGAGUGUAGGUGGUAAUCCUAAUGGGUUUUAUACAGAUUAUGUUGCUACUAGAUGGUACCGAUCACCAGAAUUAUUAAUAGGAGCACCAUAUGGUAAAGCUGUAGAUAUUUGGGCUAUAGGUUGUAUUAUGGGUGAACUGAGUGACGGGCAACCGUUAUUCCCAGGAGAAAGUGAAAUUGAUCAACUGUAUGUUAUACAGAAAAUAAUCGGACCUCUACCUCCAGAACAGAUGAAUAUGUUCUAUAAAAAUCCCAGGUUUUCAGGUUUAAAGUUUCCCUCUGUGUCACAUCAACAGAAAUUAAGUAAAAGAUAUCAAGGUAUAAUGAACAGUGCUUUAAUAGACUUCAUGCAGAAAACAUUAAUUUUAGAAGCACCUGAUCGUAUAGUGAUAGAAGACUGUUUACAACAUCCAGCAUUUCAAACAGAACAACUGUUAUAUCAGAAAGCACGUAUACCAGUCCGACAGUCAUCACCUAAUAAAAAACGCAGAAAUGAUUAUACUACUAAUAUUGAAAGUGAGAAUUUAAAGAACAAGUCUGAAAAAGCCAAAGAACUGCCAGAAAAAAUGGAAACGGAGGAAGAUGAUGAUGAGGAUGAGGGAGGUAUAAAGAUCAGCCACUUGAACAGCAAAUACAUCAAACAGCCUAAACCCCUUGGAACAAUUAAACCUUCUAUAGAACAUGAUACACAAAAUAACCACGGAGGUCAAGGUCAUGACCUUAAACAUCCGGAUGAUAAACAUGUGAAAACGGACAGUGUAUAUAUCGAAGACAGUUUUCCUCCAAUGGAAGUGGAGGAUAAAAAUAGUCAUAAAUCCGAUGUGAAAAAAUUAACCAAGGACGGUCGACAUCUAAGUACUUUUUCUGAUUUUCGUAAUAUGAAUAUCUUAGAUAAGGGAGAUAACCAGUGUGAUACUAGUGCUGAUUCACGAGGCAUCGAAAUGGACAUAACUCGAUGUGAAUCAAAAUAUAUAAAAAAGAAAAAUAAUUUUACUGAAGCGGCCGUGGAAGCCCAUAAUCGGUCACAUGACUCUAAUAACGUGUCAGUUAACACUAAAACAACGAAUAAUUCAUCCAAUCGUAGUCAAACUUAUACCGUCAGUGUUCAAGCACCUGUCUCAUCAACCAAUCAAAAUAAUAAAUCACCCAGCCCACGUGUAGAGAGAAAAAAGUUUCUAGAUCAGGCAACACAGAAUGAAUUACGUAGAAUUAAAUCUAGUACAAUACGGAAAAAGAGAAUACAGGAUAAUUCUAGAACAGAUUUUAGCCCAGCCGAAAAAAUAGCAGAAACAAAGAAAAGUGAUGUGUCAACAUAUUUAAUGAACACUAGAAAUAAAGAUGCUCACAAUUAUUAUAAUUCUGGUCGUAAAGUUAGAAAUCAAUUAUAUAAUGAUUUUUCGUAUCAGCGUGAUUCAGUUCGUGAUAAUCGUCAUGUAGCAAUUCAAUCGCGAUCAUACGCUAAGAUGGCUGCCCAAUCACCGUAUCAAUCACAUGUUGAUAAUUCAUCACACAUCAAUUUUUCAGCCUGGCGAUCAGAUUCUACAAGUAAUUUAGAUCCUCAUAAUUCGUCUGUUUAUGGUUUUAAUCGCAAAAAGAAAAAAUCCAAGUUUUUACAGGAUGUAGAUUUAGGACGAACAUCACCAUCUAUACCCCCAACCAACCCUAUAUCUCGUUUAUCACGGAUGACAGAUCGACCUGAUGACGGGAAAGAAGAAGGGGAGACAACUAGAGAUAUGUAUACACCAUGUGUCGAUGUUAAAGAGGCUGUGUAUAAUAAAGCAUUUAAGUUCAAUUCUUUACGUAAAACAGUUCAAACACCAGUUGAUAGGGGUGUCCGGUUACAACCAUUAUCCAACAACCAGUCAUCCCAUAAUCCUUAUCAGACAACAGAAAAUUCAACAUCAAAAGUUCCUUCAAGGCCGGACACAGAACUACGAACUGGUCCCAAAUCCCGCCCACCUUCUGUAAUGGGGGAAGAAUUUCCUGAUAAAGACAUUCCGUCACCAAGAAAUGACCUUCAACCUGUCCGACGAACUAAAACUCCAUUAGGUUUUCGAGGAUAAUCUAACUCUGUGAUUUAAAUAUUUAAUUUCAAAUAUUUAUAAACUCGCUAACAUGUGGGUACAGUGUCCUUUGGUUUUCUCUCUGUGUGGGGUCUCUAGGCUGAAGUUAAAUUACUCAAAAUUUGAGUCAAUCCGAAGUGAUAAAUGAAAAAAUUUCAAGUAGAAAUAUACCCCUUUUUAAACAUUUUUAUUUUACUAAUCUGUCUCCACUACACUAUGUCUCUAUGUUCAAAGACUAUACAUUUUUAUGAUCUUUAAAGAUGCAUUAUGUAAGAGCUAAAUCUGCCUAUUAGUAUUUAGACAUUUAUUCAAAUGAUCAACUCUCUAGAAUAUCGGAUGAAUGAGAUAUUAAAUGGUUUAGAACACCUGAGCCAUAUAAUUGGUCAACGUUUAUUAUUGUAGCAAUGGUACUUUAUAAUCCAGACUAUUUAGGGUAAAUCGUGUCAAAAGUUCAAACACUCAUAACUUUGCUCAAAAUAAAGUAGUUUGAAAUUUCAAUAUAUUCAAUUAGUAAUUUGUUAAACUAUUAUAGCAAGAACGGCCAGCUCUUUAUGUAAAUCAUACGUAAUGCAUCUUUAGGAGGAAUGUUGAAUGAUAGAUAUUUUUUGUUUUUAUUUUAAUAUCUAAUAUCUCAGACUUUAUAAAAAUUGGGUAGGAGAUACUCUGUUUAUCUCACAGUUAUUUUAAAUUGAUUUUAACAAUCGAUAUAUACAUAAUUUUGACGAAUACUGUCUAAAUAAUUUGAAAUUAUAAUCCGAUAUAAAUUAUAAUUAAUACUCAAUAUACUUCAGGUUUUAUUGGCUGAUAUUAUAAAUAUCAUCACAUAAGGCCAAGCCAAUUUUAUUAUUAGUUUUUCAGAGGGUUUUACAAAUAGAUAACCCACUCAACUCUUGUUUGUGAUGUUUUGUUAAAAUUUCAAAACUUAAAACAUUUGGUACUAAAAGCUUUUGAGAAAAGCAACCAAGUACUGGCCCUGGCAUUCUCAGACUUAAGAAUUUACUCAACUUUCAGUCACUGUUUAUGAGAAACAAAAAUUUACAUAUAGUUUCUUAUUGAUGUAUCUGAUACAUUAAAACAAAAGAUUAAGGGCUGUAUUUUAGUUAAAAUAAGGUGAACAAGUUUGAGUUGUUCCAAAGAACAGAAAUUCAAAUUGGUUUGGCCUUUUUUUUUCGUUCAGUUUAAGAUUAAAUAUCUAUCUAUGACCACAUCUUGCCAUUUAUAUUCUAAAAACAAGGUAACAAUUUAGUUUUGAUUUCUUAAUUUUCUAUGUUUUUAAAACCUUUUAAAGAUGCUACGAAUAAGGUCUUUUUGUGUGGUCAUUAAUUCAAGAUUGUUAAAAUAAAAGAAAUUCAGGUCUGAGUCAUAUUCUUGGUUUAUGGAGAAAACCCCACCAGAACCUGUAUAUUCUUAAAGUUUUCUCACAGAUCAUUUUAAUGUUUUUCGUUAUUUAUCUAUACAACCAGGGUUUUUAAUAUUUAACGUCUAAGACCAUAAAAAAAAAAAUAUUCUGAUUCUCAGAUUCUCCUGUAUCAUUUAUUAACAUGACAAGACCAUAAUCAAGCCUCGAUGCCAUCGGAUGGGUCUGAUUUCAAGCAGAUUAAAACGGUUUAGGCAUUUCAUGAUUUAAUCUAAAAAUGGUGAAGCGAGGCUAAGCUUUGAACAACCAGUACUGUAGUUACAAUCAGUGCACAAAUCUUGUCAAACCUUCAAAGGCUAAUAUCUUUGUCCAAAAUAAAGUAAUUUGAUUGAAAUUUUCAGUAUAUUCAUUUUGCAUUAUCUAUUUAACUGUUAUUGCAAGAACGGCCAGCUCUUUAUCUGAAUCUUACAUAAUAUAUCUUUAAUUAUCGCACAUAACUGUUUUCCCUGGGUUACAGGAAGUAACUCUAUAAAAAAUUUUUUAAUCAAUCCGGAACCUCCCUCUCGCAUUAGAUUUUUAGGAAUGAUUGUCUGAGAAUCAGAAUAUUUUUUUUUUGUAUGGCCUUAUCUUGCACUUUAUACUCAAUAUAUUGCACAAGAUUAUUGCUCUGAGUAAAUCUAAUUUUUUCAAUUUGAAAAUCUUAUAAAUCUAAUAUUUAUUUUAAUUGAAAGAUCUUAUAAACCUGUCAAAAUUCUUUUGUUUUAAUUGAAAGAUCGCAUAAAUCUGUCAAAUUUUAUUUAUUUUAAUUGAAAGAUCGUAUAAAUCUGUCAAAUUUUAUUUAUUUUAAUAUGAAAACUUUAUAAAUUUGUCAAAUUUCAUUUAUUUUAAUUGAAAGAUCUUAAAAAUCUGUCAAAUUUCGUUGAUUUCAAUAUGAAAAGCUUAUAAAUCUGUCAAAUUUUAUUUCUUGAAAUUAACCCCAAAAAAUUAGUUUCGUGGAGCUGCUACAAAUGAAUACACAUUUACUUUGCAAGUUUUAAUAGAUUUUAUCAUUAACUAAACUUUUACCUCAAACAUUAAAAACAAUGCUCAUGUUUACUAGGAUUAUGAACAGUUCUUCAACGUUCGUCAAAGCUCUACCUCCAAAAUUUCAUCACAAAAGCAAAUACAUUUUUUUUUUAAGUUAUGGUGACCAGAUUUUAAAUCUGACUCAUUAAUAUUUAGUUGAUUUCUUUGUGACCUUGUGAUUUCAGAUCUGCAUAACCUGAUUAUAACUGUUAUUAAAUAAUAAAAUGAUUAUUAUGCGGAUGAAUUAUUGUAUCAUAUAAUUAUUAUAAAUAUCAUUAUUAUUGUAUAAUUGUGUUAAAAUAUAAAU